UUGUAGAUAAGAACCACCGAACCAUAGCUCCAAAGAAACUCCCGAGGCAAAUGAGAUCACUCACCAUGCCGAUUCUCCUCCCUACCUCUUCCUUCAAAACAACAGCCACCGUCAUCAUCGCCGGCGUCUUUUCUUUAGCGGCGGCUGUUAGUUUCACCGUUCCUUCAGUCUCACAUGUCAUGGCGUCUUGCUUUCUGAUCUUCCACGAUAACACAGUCUUCCUCGUAAAGCCACCGUAUCUUUACUUAGUCACCAACUGUAUCAUCGUCUCCAUCGUCGCUACGUCUAAGCUCACGCAGAAAGCGUCUGCCCAUAUCGAUGAUCCUGAGUUCUCUGAUGUAGUAACGCCGGAGACGUUAGAACCGGUGCCUUCUGAUAUAGAUACCGGUUACUUAAACGUGGCGCACGUCGUCUCUUAUACCGGAUUUGAAGAGAACGAUGCACCACUUGAAGAUGUCCCCGAAGUCAACAGUGAUGAUAAAGUGAUAGUGGAUAGUCAACAAGAUCAACAUGCAGAGACAGAGAAGCCAAAACCGAGUAGUGCCUCGCCGGAACAGGAAUCGAAGGUGCCAAAACCGAAGAGUGAUUCUCCGGCGGUUUCCGUUGUGAAGCCGUUGAGGAAACCGCCGAGAUUCAGUCAACAAAGAUCGCUUAAAAAUAUUGAAGAAGCAGGAGGUGGUGGAAGUAAAAAGUCAAAGGACUCGAGGAGGGAGGACACGCUGGAGACGACGUGGAAGAAGAUAACGGAAGAACGCUCGACGCCGUUAAAGAAGCACUUGACUAAAUCCGACACGUGGCAAGAAAGGUCGCACGUGCAAAAGAAGGAGAAGUUGACCAAGUCUGUCAACUUAAAUGAGGCGGAGACGACGUUGAAGUUGAAACGAGAGCCGUCGCCGGGUCAGGAAGAGCUGAACAGGCGUGUGGAGGCGUUUAUCAAGAAGUUCAACGAAGAGAUGAGAUUGCAAAGAUUAGAAUCUUUGGCCAAGUAUAACGAAAUGGUUAAUGGAGGGACUCGUUUGUAAUAUUCUUAUUUUUCUUUUUAGCUGUCGAUGGAAAGGAGACUUGAGAGGCUUUUUUGUGGUCUUUCCAAGGGACAAAUCUAAGAAAUAAUGCAAAGAGGAAGACAAAACAAUGUGUAUUUAUGCCAAAAAGGAUAUGUAUACUUAUGUGUAGUAUGUAAUGAUUGUUAUAUUUCUAUUUUCUAUGGCGUC